AUGGCGAAAAUAUUGGCCUUUUCAUAUCUAGAGUUUACCAUUCUUACCCACAUGUCCACAUGGACUUUGCCUCUUUCUUUAUUUGGGUUUUUUUUUUCUCUCUCUCUUCUCUUUGGGUAUCUCUCUCUCCCCUGGUGGGGGUUCUAUUUCUCCCCCUCUUGCUCUCUCUCUCCUCUUGGGGUAUCUCUCUUCUGCCUCUCUUUCCUCAUCCAGCAACUCCUUCCCCUCCUUCCUCCUUCUCUCUUGCCUUUUCCUGUCUUUCCUUUUUCCUCCUACCUUCUCCUGCUCUUAAUUUCUCUUUCUUCCCCUUCUUCUUCCUCCUACUCCUUCUUCUUCCUCCUACUCCUUCUUCUUCCUCCUACUCCUUCUUCUUCCUCCUACUCCUUCUUCUUCCUCCUACUCCUUCUUCUUCCUCCUACUCCUUCUUCUUCUUCUCCCUCCUGCCUGCUUGCCUCCAUUAAUUGCCUACCUAUCAUUUUUAGCACAGAUAUUCAAACAGUAGGUACUUUCUUCAUAAAUUGGCCCCUUUUCAUAGCUCAAGGGAAACUACAGAUACUCGUCUUUUACCAGCCUUGGAACUACCACUGUGUGUACUUUUCUCUCACUUUUAAUCUUUUUCAUUUCUGUCACUUUUUUCUCUCUCUCUCGCACUUUUUUCUCUCUCUCACUUUUUUCUCUCUCGCACUUUUUUCUCUCUCGCACAUUUUUCUCUCUCGCACAUUUUUCUCUCUCGCAUAUUUUUCUCUCUUGCACAUUUUUUUUCUCUUUCUCUCUCACAUUUUUCUCUCUCUCUCUUUUUUUCUUGAUUUUUUUUCUCUCUCUCUCACACUUUUUCUCUCUCUCUCUCACACUUUUUCUCUCUCUCUCUCUUUUUCUCUCUCUCACACUUUUUUCUCUCUCUCUCACUUUUUCUCUCUCUCUCUCUCUCACUUUUUCUCUCUCUCUCUCUCUUUUUCACUUUUCUCUCUCUCACUUUUUCUCUCUCUCUCUCUCACACUUUUUUUCUCUCUCUCUCUCACACUUUUCUCUCUCUCUUUCUCUCUCUCUUUUUUUUCUCUCUCUCUCACCUUUUUUUCUCUCUCUCUCACUUUUUCUCUCUCUUUUUUUUCUCUCUCUCACACUUUUUCUCUCUCUCUCUCUCUCUUUUCUCUCUCUCUCUUUUUUUCUCUCUCUCUCUCUCUCUCUACUUUUUUCUCUCUCUCUCACUCUUUUUUUCUCUCUCUCCACACUUUUUCUCUCUCUCUCACUUUUUUUUUUUCUUUCUCUCUUUCUCUUUUUUUUCUUUCUCUCUCUUUUUUUUUUUCUUUCUCUCUCUCUCUUUUUCUUUUCUCUCUCUCUUUUUUUUCUCUCUCUCUCUUCUUCCACUUUCUUUCUUUCUUCUCUCUCACUUUUUUUCUCUUUCUUUCUUUCUUUUUUUUCUUUCUCUCUCUCUUUUUUUCUUUUUUUCUCUCUCUCUUUUUUUCCCUCUCUCUCUUCAUCUUUUCUCUCUCUCUCUCUCUUUGCUUUUUCUCUCUCUCUCUUUUUUUUUCUCUCUCUCUUUUCUCUUUUUUCUCUCUCUCUCUUUUCUUUUUUUAUCUCUCUCUCUCUCUUUUGCUUUUAUCUCUCUCUCUCUUUUGCUUUUAUCUCUCUCUCUCUCUCUUUUCUCUCUCUCUUUUGCUUUUAUCUCUCUCUCUUUGCUUUUAUCUCUCUCUCUCUCUCUCUUCUCUCUUUUAUCUUUUUUCUCUCUCUCUUUUGCUUUUCUCUCUCUCUCUUUUUUCUUUUAUCUCUUCUUUCUUUUUUAUCUCUCUUUUUUUUUAUCUCUCUCUUUUCUCUCUCUCUCUCUUUUGCUUUUAUCUCUCUUAUCUUUUUCUCACUUUUCUCCAUCUAUUGCAUUUCUCCCUCUUGCUUGCUUUUAUUUUUCUCUUUCUCUCACUUUUAGUUCUUUCUCUCUCUCUCUUUCUCAUCUUUUUCUCUCUUUUUCUCUCAUUUUUCUCUUUUUUCUUUCUUUUCAUUUUUUCUCUCUCUCUUUCUCUCUUUUUCUCUCUCGCUUUCUCUUUCUCCUCUUCAUCCCACUUGAUAAUGUCAUAUGAUUCAUUUGAUAUGACUAAACCAUUAGUUGCACAGGGAGAAAGCUUAUCACAUGAGAUGGCGAUCAUUUUUAAUAAACAAGGUUUAAAAGAUAUUCGUCCACCCUGUGUAGCACAGAGCUUCAUCAAUCACAAUGCUGUCCUUUAUAAAGUCUAUGUUGUGGGCGAUGAGCAGUUUGUCUGCGAGAGACCUUCCCUGAAGAACCUGACUGCUGGAGAUGAUAAAACCAUUUUCUUCCACACAAGCGAAGUAUCAACCCCAAAUUCCACCCACUUCUUGAAUGAGGUAAACCCUUUUUUUUUAUUUUGUUUUGGCUACCAAAAUAUCUAUGCCUAA